CGUCCUCCAUGCCCAGCUCCGCCCCGUCCCGCCGGGGAGGAGGGGAGGGAGGAUCGCGGCGAGCCCGAGCCGGAGCCCCGCAGCCUCUCCGCGCCGCCCAGCCCGAGGGGCCCCGGCGGGCGCGGGGGGAUCCCCUGAGCGGAGCCGGGGCCGCCAGCACCUCCCUCCGCUCUCCUCCCCGCGCCUCCCGCAAGCCCCGGCGCCGCCGCUCCGCCCGGCCCGGCCCGGCCCGGCCGCGGCCGCGGGAGUCGCUGUGGCGUUGCCCGCUGUGGCCUCGGCCCUGUCAGCGGCAGGGAAUUGAGAUUCCCAUGGAAUUUCCAGCCCUGGAAUUCCCAAGAUUUUAGGAUUUUCCUGGAAAAUCCCGGAUUUCCCAUGAUCCAUCCUUCAUCUCCAGAAAUCCCAGGUGCUCCGUAGGAUCCCACCAUGAGCGGCCUUGGCGACGGCUCCGCGGAUCCGGCAAUUCCCGAAUCCCGGAAGCGCAAAGGAUCCCCCUGCGACCCCGCCCAGAGCGCGGAGAAGCGGCGGCGCGAGCAGGAGCACCGGUACCUGGAGGAGCUGGCGGAGCUGCUCUCGGCAAACAUCGGCGACAUCGACUCGCUGAGCGUCAAACCCGACAAGUGCCAGAUCCUGAAAAAAACCGUGGAUCAGAUCCAGCAGAUGAAGCGCCUGGAGCAGGAAAAAGCGACGGAUGACGAGGUGCAGAAGUCGGACAUCUCCUCCAGCAGCCAGGGCGUCAUCGAGAAGGAAUCGCUGGGGCCGCUGCUGCUGGAGGCCCUGGAUGGUUUCUUCUUCGUGGUGAACCGGGAGGGCAGGAUCGUGUUCGUGUCGGAGAACGUGACCGGGUACCUGGGCUACGGGCAGGAGGAGCUGAUGAACUCCAGCGUCUACAGCAUCCUGCACGUGGGCGACCACGCCGAGUUCGUCAAGAACCUGCUGCCCAAGUCCCUGGUGAACGGGGUGCCGUGGCCGCAGGAGGCGCCGCGCCGCAGCAGCCACACGUUCCAGUGCCGGAUGCUGGUGCGGCCGCCGGACGAGGCCGGGGCCGAGAACGCCGAGCUGCGGCAGCGCUACGAGGUGAUGCAGUGCUUCACCGUGAGCCAGCCCCGCGCCUUCCAGGAGGAGGGAGAAGAUUUCCAGUCGUGUCUGAUCUGCAUCGCCCGGCGCUUGCCCCGCCCGGCCGCCCCGGCCCCCACCGAGUCCUUUGUCACCAAACAGGACACCACAGGAAAAAUCAUCUCCAUCGACACCAGCUCUCUGCGCGCCGCCGGCCGGACGGGCUGGGAGGAUUUGGUUCGAAAAUGCAUCUACGCCUUCUUCCAGCCCCAGGGCCGUGAGCCCUCCUAUGCCAAACAGCUUUUCCAAGAAGUGAUGACGCGGGGCACGGCGUUCAGCCCCUCGUACCGCUUCACGCUGAGCGACGGCUCCGUGCUGAGCGCCCACACCAAGUGCAAGCUGUGCUACCCCUCGAGCCCCGAGCUGCAGCCCUUCAUCAUGGGCAUCCACGUCAUCGACAGGGAUCACGGAAUUCUGUCCCCCCAGGACGCCCCCGCGCCCGGCCUGGCGCUCCCCAGGCUGAACCCCAACGUUUCCCCGGGAUCGGGAAUGGCGCUGCCGCCUUCCCUCCCGCCCUCCAACGGCUCCGUCAUGGCCGCGCCCUCUCCCCAUCCCGGCAACUCCCAACAGAAUUUCGGCAAUCCGCUGGCGUCCAAUGUUGCCUUAAACCAAAACAAUUCCCACCCGCUGUCCCACGGCAGCUCCCCCAUGAACAGCCCCGGCGUGCCGGCGCCGCAGUUCCUGUCGCCGCGGCACCGCGGCAGCCCCGGUGUGAUCCCGCGCUGCCGAGCUCCUCCCGGCAAUCCCUUCUCGCCGUCCGUGCACUCCUCCGGAGGCGGCAAUUCCCGGCCUUUCCCCGGCAAUCCCGACGCCAGCCCCGCCGCGUUCCCGGCGCCCUUGAGGCAGCAGAAUUCCCAAAGCUCUCCCGGCAGAUUGGGCGGGAAAUCCGACUCCAAGGACGGCGGCGCCUUGGGCGAGAUGAUCCAAGGCGACGCCGAGAAGGCGCCGGAGAACCCGGGAAUUCCGCACGGAUCCGCGGAGGGGCCGGACGCCAAAUGCCCUCAGGCCACCAGCCACCGUUUGGUGCAGCUGCUGGCCAGCACGGCCGAGCAGCAGCUGCGGCACCACGCCGACGCCGACACCAGCUCCAAGGAUUCCCUGGCGUGCGCCGGCAUCGCCGGGAGCGGCGCCGGCGGCUCCUGCCCGUCCUCGCACAGCUCGCUGACGGAGCGGCACAAGAUCCUGCACCGGCUGCUGCAGGAGGGCAGCCCCUCGGACGUGCCGGGCUUGGCGCCCGAGCAGGACAAGAAGGAGAAUCCCGGCGGGAAUUGCGGCGCGGCGGAGGCGGAGAAGAAGAAGGAGUGCAAGGAUCACCAGCUGCUGCGGUACCUGCUGGACAAGGACGAGAAGGAGGCGGCGCCGGCGCUGAGCCUGGACGACGUCAAGGUCAAGGUGGAGAAGGGCGAGGCGGCCGAGCCGUGCCCGGCCCCGCACAAGGCAGCGCCCGGGGAGGAGAGCAAGGUGGAGGCGCAGGGACAGUUCUCAGCCGAGCUGGAGCAGCUGGAUCAGCUCCUCCCUUCCUUGGAAAAAUCGGCGCCGAUUCCCGGGAUUUGCGGCGCGGAAAGGAACGAAUCGGGAAUGUCGGGAAUGUCGGGAAUGUCGGGAGUGAGCGGAGUGACCCCUCUGCAGCCCAGCACGGCCGCCAGAGCCCCAACGGCUCUGGGCUCCUCUCCGGCCGUUCCCGCUCCUCGCGCUCCCUUCGACUUCUGCGACCCCGGGAAUUCCGGGAAUUCCGGGAAUUCCGGCGCCUCCCGCGGCCCCGCCCAGCCGGGAAGAAACUCCGGGAAUCUUCCCAAUCCCUUCCCACCAGAUUCAGGAAUGCCGGAGCUGGAGCUGGGAGUUCCCGACGCCGGGUUGGGAAUUCCGGGAAUGUCGGAGCCGAUGCCGUGGGCGGAUCCCGGGAUGGCGGCGCUGAACCGAGGGGCUCUGCCCAAACCCGACGAACCCUGCCAGCUGGACGAGCUGCUGUGUCCCCCCACGACGGCCGAGGGCCGGAACGACGAGAAGGCGCUGCUGGAGCAGCUGGUGACGUUCCUGAGCGGGAGGGACGAGACCGAGCUGGCCGAGCUGGACCGGGCCCUGGGCAUCGACAAACUGGUGCAGGGCGGCGGCCUGGAGGCGCUGACGGAACGAUUCCAACCGCACCAGCCCACGCCGCCCCCGCUGCUCCUGGAGCAAAAACCGGGAAUGUUCUCCCAGCAGUUCCCUCCUUCCUCCUCCUCCUCCUCCUCCUCUUCCUCCUCCUCCUCCUCCAGCGCCAACAUUCCCGGAAAUUUCCCGGGAAUGCUGCGGCAGAAGCCGCCCUUCGGCGCCGUCCCCGUGUCCGUCCCUCCUCCUCCUCCUCCUCCUCCUCCUCCUCGUGGAACAUUCCCGAAUAAUUCUUUGGGAAUUCCGGCCCGGCAGCCGCUCAGCCGCCCUCCCAGCGCCCCCAACCAGCUCCGCCUGCAGCUCCAGCAGCGCCUGCAGGGCCAGCAGCAGCUGCUCCAUCAGAACCGGCAGGCGCUGCUCAACCAGUUUGGGGCUCCGGUGGGGAUGAACAUGAGGGCGGGGAUGCAGCAGCAGCUGGCGCCACAGCCGCCGCUGAACGCGCAGAUGCUGGCGCAGCGGCAGCGGGAGCUCUACAGCCAGCAGCACCGGCAGCGGCAGCUGAUGCAGCAGCGCGCGCUCCUGAUGCGCCAGCAGAACUUCGGCAAUUCCGGCGCCGCCGCCGCCCUCCCCAUGGCCACGCCCCGCAUGCCCCAGGCCCCGCCCCAGCAGUUCCCGUACCCCCCCAGCUACGGUACGAGCGCCGGGAACGCCGGCGGAUCCGGGUUUUCCAGCGAGGCGGCGGCGGCGGCGCUGGGGAGCCGCGGAUCCCUCGGGAACCGCGGGAUGAUGGGAGCGCAGUUCGGAGCCGGGAUGGGCCCGGCGGGGAUGCAGCAGAACCUGUUCCAGUAUUCGGGAUCGGGCAUGGCGCAGCAGGGCGAGGCCGCCUUCGCGCCCGCGCUCAGCCCCGGCAGCCCCCUGGUGUCGCCGCAGCUGCCGCCGGCGCCGCCCGCGCCCGGGUACCAGUCGCCGGAGCUGAAAUCCUGGCAGGCCGGAGCCAUGGGGAGCAACGGGGCGUUCCCGGGCGCGGCGGCGCCGGCGGCUCCGGCGGGGAUGUACAACAACAUGAGCAUCACCGUGUCCAUGGCCGGCGGCGGCGCCGGCAUCGGCCCCAUGGGCGGCGGCAUCCCCAUCAACCCCAUGAUGGCCGGCGUCAGCUCCAUGUGCUCCGAGCAGGUCCCGGACGCGGCGCUGAGGCCUCCAGGGCUCUACUGCAACCAGCUGGGCUCCGGGGAGCUGCUCAAGGCCGAGCCGGACGGCGCCCAGGUGCAGCAGGUCCAGGUGUUCGCCGACGUCCAGUGCACGGUGAAUUUGGUGGGAGAUCCUUACCUCAACCCGCCGCCGGCUCCGUUGGCCAAUCCCAAAAAUCCCGGCGCGCCGCCGCCGCCGCCGCCUCCGCCGGGACAAGGGAAGAGCCUCCUGCAGCAGCUGCUGACGGAAUGAAGAGCCCAAAAAAAAAAACAAAAAAAAAAAACCUCGGGAAUUCCCCACCCCCCAAAAAAAAAAAAAUUAAAAAAAAAACUCGGGAAGAUGGACACGAAAAAAAGAGAGAGAUUAUUAUAUAGGAUCUAUUUUUAUGGGAAUUUUGAUAUCCAGCCCCCGCCGCCGCCGUCGGAAUGUUUGGAGAGAAAAUGGAAAAUGGGGGCAGGGGGGGUUUUUGGGGAGGGGGGGAUGGGGUUUGCACCAAGGUUUGUCCCCUGUUUUUUUGGGGUUUUGGGCCUUUUUCCCUGUUCCUCCCCCCAUUUUUCUCCGUUUUUGCCUCCCUUUUCCUCAUUUUUCCUUCUUUUUCAUUUUCCUCCUUUUCCUUCUUUUUCAUUUUUCUUAUUUUUCUCCUUUUCCUCCAUUUUUUUCUUUUCCUUCUUUUUUCCUUUCUCUCCUUUUCCGCCUCUUUUCCUUCUUUUAUUUUUUCCACUUUCCUCCUUUUCCCUCAUUUUUCCUCUUUUCUUUCCUUUUUCCUUUUUUCUCCCCUUUUCCUCUUUCCUUCCUUUUCCUAUUUUCCCCAUUUUCCUCCUUUUCCUAUUUUUUCUUUCUUCCUUUUCCUGUUUUCCUCCUUUUCCCUCUUGCCCUCCUUUUCCUCCUCUUUUCAUCCUUCUCCUUUUCUUAUUUUCCCCAUUUUCCUUUUUCUUUGUCUUUUCUUUCUUUUUCCCUUCCCUCCUUUUCCUCUUUUCUGUAUUUUCCCCUUUUCUUUUUUUCUCUUUCCUCCUUUUCUCUCCUUUUCCUCUUUCCCCCAUUUUUCCUUUUUUUUCUUCUUUUCCCCCAUUUUCCCUUUAUUUUCAUUUUUCCCUUUCUUGCUUUUCUUUUUCCUCUUUUCCUUUUCCCUCCUCUUUCCUUCAUCUUUUCCUUUUUCCUCCUUCCUCCAUUUUUCCUUUUCCUCCUUCUCAUCUUUUUCCCUAUUUCCCCAUUUCCAUCUUUUCCCAAUUUCAUCCCAACAUUUCCUUUUCCCCAUCCCUUUUUCCUCCAUUUUCUUAUUUUCAUAUUUUCCGACCAUUUCCCCCAUUUCUUCUCCCGUUUUCUCCCUUUUUUCCCCUUCCCCCUUUUCCUC